CUCCUUCACACCCCCACUCGCACACCCGUCAACUUUUCACGUAGCUCCAGCAAUCAUCACCGCACGCCACCAACCGCAACCGGCCACUCUUCCUUCGAUCCCAAGUUUCUCUCCCACCACCACCAUCACCAGAAAAGCUCAGCCUCAGCCAUCAUCCUCUCCUGUUUCGACUCCCGUCACUCUUCGUCGCGCUGGAGGUGAAAGAAGCUCAAGCCGGGGUGCAGCGAGGUCUCUCUCAUGGCUGGCCACGGGGAUCGCUCUUCGUCGUUGUCCGAGAUCAGAAAGAAGCAGCUCAAUGAACAGAAAAAGAAGUAGCAGCUGGAGAGAGAGGUUUCGAUGCUCCAACUCUUGCUGAGUCAAGAAGAGAAGGUGCGUGAGAUCCUGGAGCGCGUCCAGUCCCGAAACCAUGGUUCGAUCAUCUCGAUUCCGAAUUGUCUUCCACCUAAGAUGAAGGAGAUAUUAGCAGAGUUGGCAAUGGUCGAGGACGAGAUAGUCCGACUCGAAGACGAAAAAAGCCGGCUUCAAGCUAAUUUAAAGCAUGAAGAAGAAGCUACCAAGGAAGCAAGGUCCAGACAGACGAAGGUACCCGAAAUCCCGAGCGAUCCUCAUCCUGCUUCUGGCUAUCCAUCAUACACACCAAGUCCGAGCCCCUUGAACGGAGUUGUCCCUGAGAGGAUGGCCUUUGAGACCAAAGCAUUGCAUUUCAUAAGCAAAGCCAUCAAAGGGGAUUACAAUCUCAACGACUUCACUCUGAUCGAGAAGACGGGCAAUUCAAGACAGUUCUCCGAUCAGAAGGAGAAUAAUUUCCUCGAGGAUGCUAAGUUUCACGACAAUCGUGUGAGAAAAAGCCGGAUGCUGAAGCCGACCUUGCCAUUGCAAGACCUAAGACACCCUACGCCUAAGCCGAGGGAACGAAGGCAGGAGACUCCUCUGAAGUCGCCGCCACCUAUGUUCAUGCCGAGUCCAAUGAAAGUAGAAGACAAUAAGCAAAAGUGGGAACCCAACAAGCUAUCUGAGAACAUUAUGAAGUGCCUGAACUUCAUUUUCGUAAGGCUACUCAGAACGUCGAGAGCAAUGGAGUUAGAGAAGUUGGGUCCGAUUUCCCGGUCACUGAACUCGUCUCUCAACUCAAGGAGCUUCAGAGUCGAGACUGGGCUGAGUUCAAGGCAACAAGAUCCGUACGGUGUGUUUGAGAUGGAGGACUCUAUCCCGAGAGACAUCGGGCCUUACAAGAACCUAGUCAGAUUUACCGCGAGUUCUAUGGAUCCUAAGUGCAUUUCUUCCUCAAGUUCCAUUCCCUUGCUAAAGAAGUUGAGGGACUUAAUGAGUCAUCUCAAGACAUUGGAUCUAAGAUUCUUGACAAAUCAACAGAAGCUGGCAUUCUGGAUCAACAUGUACAACGCUUGUGUCAUGCAUGGUUUUCUGCAGCACGGGGCACCUUCUACUCCAGAAAAGCUGCUGAUGCUGAUGAACAAGGCCACUCUCAAUAUCGGAGGAAACACGAUAAACGCCCAAGCGAUAGAGCAUUUCAUCUUGAGGAAGCCCACAGCUUCUAAAGUUAUAGAGUAUCACAGAAAAGUCGAAAAGGAUUCCAAAGAAGACUUCGUCCGAGAAGUCUAUGGGCUCGAGAACACGGAUCCUAACGUCACCUUCGCUCUUUGCUGUGGAACCCGUUCAUCCCCUGCUGUGAGGAUAUACACUGCAGACGGGGUCGCGGCCGAGCUAGAGAAGUCGAAGCUGGAGUACUUGCAGGCCUCCGUGGUGGUCAUGGCUGCGAAAAGGAUCGCGUUCCCGGAGCUUCUGCUCCGGAACAUGCGCGACUUCGCGGCAAGCCCGGACUCCCUGGUCGAGUGGGUCUGCCACCAGCUGCCCACGUCCGGGACACUCAGGAAAUCCAUCGUGGACUGCUUCCAGCGCCGCAACGGGGGCAAGGCGGCGCCGAUCUCGGUCCAGAAGAUACCGUACGACCACGAGUUCCAGUAUCUCCUGGCCAUGUAA